AUGCGCAGUCGUGAGUGCGGGUGCGGGUGUGAGAUUCUUAUAAUUACACGGCACGUAACUACCCGAGACGAGACCGCAUGACGACAAGCAGGGAUGAAUAGACCGUGGACCACGACGAAUGCAGCAUUUGGCUCCCUACUUGGCCUCUUCAGCGGCGAGCGGCACUGCCGAGAGAAGGGUAGCAGGCACGUGGCCCAGAGCAACAAGCGCCGCAAGAAUGCUCUCGAGCCUCCAAGGGACCCUGCAAAGCGGCCGAGAGAUAAGCGAGGGUGAAAACGCGCUAGUACGAGAUCUGCUUGCGGAGAGCAGCUGCGAUCUACUGUACUACUAG